AACAACAACAAUGCCCAUUUAUUGAUGACACGCGGUACCAGUUCUUGCCAAUUCUCACUCGACAUAGGUGAUUUUCUCACCAAAAAAAAAUCAAGGCCAAAAACUCAAAUACCCAUACGCUUAGAGCAACAAAAAUUCAAAAACCCAACCGUUUCUAACCCCCAAGGCCGCAAUGACGCGCGAUCGCUGGCUGGACACCGACGGUGUGGCCAGCGCCCUGCUCGCCCGCGCGGGCCACUGGCUGAUGUGGUGCCGCAAAUACCAGACGCUUUGGGCCGGCUACGGCUUCAUCUGCGAGCUCAAGGCGGCCGACGAAACGCGGGACGACAACGGGCUGGGCAUCCCGAUGAUCUUGAAGCUCGUCACGCGGCCGCCAGCGGGUCAAGACGGGGCCGAGGGGGAGGAGGAUGAGGGCCACCUGCGCAAGAUGUUCAGCUACCAGGUCGAGCGGCACUUUUACAGCUCCAUCGCGCCGCGCCUGCGGGCAGAGCACGGGGUUGCGGUGGCCGAGUGCAUAGCCUCGACGGCGGGGACCCCGGAGCUGGACGGACCAGGAGCUGGUGAGGUGAAGGUCAACAACAGCCACAACGCUAGCGAUGAAUCGAUUCUGGACGGCGUGGUCGCGGUGCUCAUGACGGACCUGCGAGUCGAGUUCCCCGUUCCUGGAGAGAAGAGGUCCGAGCUGAGCGAGCGGCAGGUUUCUGCCACUCUCGACUGGCUGGCCCGGUUUCACGGGAGCACGUGGGCUCAGUCGCGCAAGGAGGAAUUGACAGAGCUGGUGCUGCCACCGCUGCAGGAGUUUGAGAGGAGGAAGACACGGCGGGGGUCGGGGAAUGGUGGGCAAGAGACCGUCGGCGGCACCAACAAGCUCUGGCUCAACGGCGGGUACACUUACCUCGCCACCCGGCGGAAAGAGUUCUCCAGCCUGCUUGACCAGCUCGAUGACGGCGAGGCCGAGUGGGCUCAAGCACUCUGCCGCCCACUCCAACGGGGAGCGACAGAAGGACCCUGCGUGGCAGAGAUGGUUGCCCACGUGCUCACGCCUCGUGGCGAUCGCGACUACGAGACGCUGAUCCACGGCGAUGUAAAGUCUGAGAACCUGUACACGACCUCUGAGCACGACAGGGUGGCAUUCUUUGACUUCCAGUACGUCGGACUGGGUCUCGGCGUCUGUGACUUGGCGAAGCUGUUCACGUGCUCUGUGCCGCUGGAGCUGCUGAUCGGUGGCGGCGUGGACAGGAGCAAGGCGAGGGCAAUGAUAGGGCACGAGCUGAGCAUGGAAAAGGGCGAGGAAGCACUGCUGCGGGAGUAUCACGGGCUGCUGCUGAAGGAGGAUGCGACAGCAGGCGCGGAGGGCACGAGGCAGUAUGACUGGGACCUGUUUGUGCGGCACUGGGAGACGGCAUUGGUGGACUGGCAUCGCUUCCAGGUGUCCUGGGGCCAGUGGGGGAAUGUGGACUGGCUAGAGGCCCGAGUCCGGGCGAUUCUGAGAGACGAAGGCUGGAGGAUGUGGUUGCAGGCGGAAUAUGACAAGUCGAAGUCUUCAUGAACGAGAAGGAAAUUAGAUAGCUAGAUUGAUACACCGGUAGAUCAAUAGAAAUCAUUCAGUGGCAGACUGGUGGAAUCAAGCAUGGAAUUCACAACAUCGAAGUUGGCUUUGGC